AUGCUGCCGUCCUUCCGCCGCUGGGUUCACUUCCGGCUCCUGUCUGCUAGCGGGGCAUACACCGCCGCUACAAGCGUGGCUGCUUUCUUGGGCAAUCGCAGUGCUCGAAAGGUGAUGGAGGUCGCUCAGAACACCUGUCGCUUCGUGGCCUGCGACAAAGUGACGCAGCAGGACAUGAUGAGCUCGAGCCCUGACCCUACGCUGCGACGCCUUUCUACUGCUUGCCGCCUGCAGGACAUCGAUGCAUUCCUGAGCCACAGCUGGCACGACCCACCUUUGGCCAAGUGGGAGGCACUCCAAGUUUGGCGAAGGUCUUUCAAGGCACAGCAUCAGCGCGAGCCGCGGCUCUGGAUUGACAAGUAUUGCAUCGACCAGGAAAACAUCGAAGCCAGCUUGAU